AACGACUGCUAAAAGCGAAUUUUUGAGUCCACUGAAGAAAUGGCUCCAUGAAUCAGGUGUUUUUGUGUGAUUUUGCCAAAGUUUUUGCGAGCCAUGUCGUCGGGAGCGCGAGUGAAGACAAAGCCGAGUCCAAUGAAGGCAUUCCAAGCACUACCGAUUAUCGGAUCCGGCAAUAAUGCAGCGACAAAUCUCUUGCCAAUCCAUUUCGCGUCGAUUACACAAAUUUCCAGCUCAUUCUCGCCCCUUACGAGACACAUAUCGCCCGAGCAUGCCGGUGGACCAAUCGCCUACAAAGGGAAAGUGAUAAGCCAAAGUGAAAAUUGUAUGCGGCGAACGGCGUCGCUGGACCAACUCACGACAGUCAAGGCGACCACAAAGCCUCCGAAUCCCUGCAUCUUCUGGCAGCUGGACAAGGCGACGCAAACCGACGAAUCGUGCUUGUCGGAUCAUCGUCCGGGCGCCUUCGAAAGUCCUUCCGAAAAGAUGGAAAAAGUCAUCAAGCACCGCAUUCCGCGUCAAAGUUACAGAUCCGCUUGCGAACAUUCCGUCAGCAUUCAAACCCUUAGUCCAGUACACGUGAAAGCUAGUCCCGUUCUUAUUCCGUCGCGCAAUCAACCGAUUCACAUGCGACCGAUGCGCAGUUCUGUCGAAGGCUUGAAUCAGGAAAUUGAGAAACUUGUGUUGCAUCCGGGCGCAGGUCCGAUGCAUUCGUGCCGGCAGGAGUUGGAGAUGUUUUCGCGCGGCACUCCCGAAGGACAUCGCGCUCCAAUCACGGAUUUGUGGAGAGAACAUUCCCGAUCAACACAAACGCCAUUGUUGUCGCCAGACUCCCAAAGUACAUCACCUUCCGAUGAAGGUGCCCAGUCAAAAGACGCAUCUCCACGUAUUAAUCGAUUUCUGGCACGUGAACCUCCAGACGGUUGUGAAAAAGUCAAUUUAAACCUCAAGCAAAUCGAAGGCAGCUCCGAUUCCAUGUCUAGCUUCAAGCCAGUCGGCUUUGAAUUGCGCCCCUCGCUCGGCUCCGCAUUUCAGCCAAUCCCAAUCAUUCCAAAGGUAGUAAAAGCCGAGUUGCCCGUCAAUCUGGAAGAAGAUGUAACGGAAGAUUAUUAAAAAAAAACACAUCAAACAACGGAAGAAGAGAAUCAAUUAAUUGAAUUAGAAACCAAAGUUCAAGUUGCAUUAAAAUAAGAAACUGUGUGUAAAUUCUUCUUAAAGUAGUGACGCAUACACAGAUUACAUGAAAACUUCUUUUGACGUAAACACACAAUCAAUCGGGUUAUCAGUAAGUAGUAAUCCAUGACAUGAAGCGAGAAGAAUAACAAACAAAUAAACAAAAAAAUUACGACUGUAAGUUGCGCGCAACAGAGAGUGACUUAUUUUUUUAUUACAACUAUCAAUAACUUGUAAGAAUAUUCAGUGUAAUCAUCAUCAUUUAUUAUAAAUUAUUAUGAUAUAUUAUAUAUAUUAAAAAUAUAAUUAAAAAUUAGUUGUAGCAAAAUCCCGUUCGUUUCUCAAGGAGAAAAAAGGGAUUGAAAAAAAAAUCAUAUAUAUUGGCCAUCAUGCUUCUGUAUAGAGAAACAAAAAAAUAUAUAUAUAUUUAAAUUGGUGUUACAAAAAAUACGAGAUUUAUUUUAAUUACUUAGAAAGUUCAAAUUUUUAGGCAAAACAAAAAUUACAAAAAAUUAAUAAUAAUAAAAAUAACCU